AUGGCGUCCGCCCAGAAUGCCAAUUCCCGUCUCUGGUAUAGGAUUCUAUAUCGCAACGCCCUCCGAGCCGUUCAAUUCUCGGCGCCAGCUCGAUACGUCGUCCGCGACCAGCUAAGGGCGGCCUUCCGAGAGAAGGACGGAGAGCUGAACCAUCAGGUAUGCCAGAGGACGAACUGGUUUCUACAAAAUGCGGCCCAAGACAGGGGACUUGAGCACAAGAUCCUCAAGAAUCUCAUCAACGUUGCAUGUGAGCGUUACAAGAAGAAACAGUGGAAGGCCAAUUACCAGAAGGAUAAGGACAGGAAACAUAAGCCCAUGGUACAGGCCACUGAAGAGUUUACAACCACCUUUUACCACCACUUUGACAUUACACUGGCCAUGUUGAACAAAUCGAUGGGUUUGGCCUUGCGCUGUGGUCCCGUUUAA